AUGCCUCGUGCGUCAGGCUCUGGCAAGCGACAAUCCGGCGGCGGUCAUCGCGACUCCAGGCACGAGAAUGGCUCUCUAGCCUCCGGUAAACGGGCGUCCAGAAAGAGCCAGGCAGGUCAUGUCGCCAGCGGCGCCGCGAAGCCCCUCGAAAACGGUGCCGCCACUACCGCUGCUGCCGCUUCUGUGCCAACCUCGUCGCUUCACAACGGCCACGCCAACGGCCACGCUACCGCUCCUGCCGACGCCGUCGACGCCGCUACUACCAAGUCGCCCCUCGAUGCCUCCGACUCUCCUCGAGCCAUGGACGACAAGACCGCCACCGCCGCUACUGCCGCCGCUGCCCCCGACGCUGCCAGGAGAACGUCGCUAGGAGCCGAAUCCGAGUCCUCCUCCGAUGUCUUCCACAACGCCGCCACCCACGUCUCCAAUGGCCACGCCAACCAUGCCCACCUCGAUGCCGCCCACCGACAGAUUGACGUGAAUUGUCUCAAAGUCGCAGACGUCCAUCGCGAGUCGGGCAUCCUCGACAUGGCUACCACCGUCCUCCGCGCUCUCCCUAUGCAGGACACUCUCGCCAUUCUCAUCCUUCUCAUGCAUGUCCCGACCAUCUCCCUCCUCCUCAUCUAUGGCGCCUUCGCCUGCAUCACUUUUGUUCCUCCCGUCAAGACGAACUCCGGCAUGAACCUCAAUCUUGCCGAAAUGUUUGACGGCAACUCCACCACCCCAUCCCUCGUGACCGUCCUCUGUAUGGACUCUUUCUUCUUGCUCGUAUGGCUCUUUCUAUGGGCUCCGAUCCAGGACGCCGUCCUCGACCUCGCCAAGCCCGUCAUUGCCAUUACCCUCGGCGGCGCCACCCGCAACGAUCCCUCCUUUCGAGGCAUACGUACCGGCUUUACCUGGGUAUUUCUCUACCACAUAAUACGUGGCACCCAGUCUCAAUGGGGGCAUCUUGUCCCCAACAUGCCCGCCGCCUGGAGAAAGGUUCUCUCCGAGGAGACGCCUAUAGGUUAUUAUAGCAAGCUCUACGACAAGUCAAGUCCCUAUGCAUGGGUUAGAAGCAUUCUCGCCAUCCAUAUUCUAACCCAAAGCCUUAUGCGUUUUAUACGAGAAUGGUAUCUGCGCCGCGAGAAGGGCGCUUCCAGCACUACCCUAUCCGAUGCCGAGUUCGCGAAACAGCAUGCCUCCCAGCUUGCACUUCCCGACUCUACCGUGGAAGCCAGCGCAAACUUAAACGACCCCGAUGCCGUGAUAGCCAACCCCGCGUUGCCGCCGCCGCCGCCGCCGCCGCCCCAGCUAUCCACGGCUAAGAAGAGGAGGAAACAAAGUACCCAGGUCCGCCUCAAGCAGCCACUUUGGGCUGCUCUGGCUAGCACCAAGAUCGUUGUCGUCAAGGAAUAUGAGUUAAGUCGCGCACCGUCCGAGUCUGCUGGCGCCAACGCCACCGAUGUUGGAAACUUGGGCAAUAACCCCUUUGGCCGCGAGCCGAGAAAAAUUUGGAUCACCAACGUCGGUACCGAUGAUAUUCACUUCAACACGAGCUACUUUCUCCAUACCGAUUUUGGCUCCCCUCCGCCUUCCGCCGAACCGACCCCGCCCGGUAUCGACAUCACCAAGCCAUUCUACGUCAAGGUGAACAAUGCCCUGUGGCAACCCACUCGCAUCAAUCCUGUCAAGGAGGGCGAUGGCGCGCCGGGUGAUGCGACCCGGUGGGCUGGAGACAUUUACGGCUUGCGCCCGGCAUCCAAGUAUGUCUGCGAGUUUGUCGACAGCCGCACCGGAGUUGUUAUCUUUUCCAGCAGUCUUCGCACCAUUAAGGAAGUGGUGCAAUCCAAGGAUGGCUCGUCACCCGUAGUUUCCGAUGGGUCCCAGUCGCUGCGCCCUGAUUCGCCCGUGACGACGCUCAAGACAUCAAUCGAAGCCGCCCAGGAGAAGCUCUCGCACGAAAAGACUGGCUUGAAGAACCUGCGCAAAGAAUGCAAGAUACGCAUCAACGCCUACAAGAAGGAAAACGAAGGUACCGAUAACCAGCUCGCCACGGCUGGAAACGGCGAUGAGAAGCUCAAACAAAAGAUUCGCCAGAACGAAAUUGGGCGGCUGCAAGCAGUGCGCGAAGUUGAGGAGCUCGCGGAUGUUAAGCGCUCCGAUUCGACCUCGGAACUCGCCGACAGUAAGAAGAAGGCUGAGCGUACCUUUACGGCCGAAAAGCGGACCUUCGAGGCUGCCCAAAAGGAGUUUACCAAGCACCGCUCCGGGUUGGAAAGCGAAGUCAAGGCCAAGGAUGUGGAGCGAUCCAAUCUCACUACCCGCCGUAACAAGAUUGCAACCCGCAUCGCCAAGGUGGACAAUGAGCUCGCCCACCUCACUGAUGCCACCAGCCGAGGGAUGAAUGAGGCUGAACGGCGCAUCCAGCAGCGUCAUGUGCGUCGCAACAAGUACGAGAACAUGCUCAGGUCGUGGGAGGAACGCGUCCUCGGUGUACAAGCCAAGAAUGGAGAUCACAGCAGCCAGGUUAUCGCCUUGCAGGAACAGCUCGAGAUUCUUUCCAAUCACAAUGACGCCAUGAUGACCUCGUGGAACCCGAAUGCUGGAGCAGCUGGUCUUUCUGGUGGCCUCUGGCCUGCUACGUCGGCCGACAUGCAGCCUGCUCUGUCUGGCCCCGCGCUUCACCCGCCCACGGCGAUGUGGCCGGAUGCCAUGAUGACAGUCAAUGGGAACGCCACAACGAGGAUGCGCAGUUCUAGCAUGCUAAGCGACCUCAGCGGCUUCACCGGCUCCAGCGAUGGUAGUCCUCGGACCUCGCCCUUUUUUGCGUACCAGCAGCAGCAGCCGAUUGGAAAGGCGGUACUAGGCCAUCGUGGCUUUGGUGCCAACAGAAGCAAUGGAAGCGGCAGUGAUGGUAGCCCAAUUUGA